UAUAUAGACAUGCAUGAUAGAGUAAUAAAAAAACUCUUGCAUUGAUCUACCAUUUCCAAUUUAAUGACUAAUCAAUGGUGUUUUGAUUGUAUCCACAUAUAUAAAGUUGGCCGCUAAGGGGAAGCACAAAGGGGAACAUAGUGAAAUCCUAAAGGAAUACCGCACCAAAGCCGAAUACUACAUGUGCGCCAAUCUGAACAUGAACAACUCAAGCAGCAGCAACGUGCGACGCACUCCGGGAGGCUUGUUGUACGUCCGUAGAUGGAACAAUCUGCAGUACGUCUCGUCUGCGGCCUUCCUCAUGACCGUGUACUCUGACCACCUCAGGUCAACCGAUGACACUCUUUCUUGUGACCGCGGGCCAGUGGGGCCCGACGAGCUCUUUGCAUUCGCAAAAUCACAGGUUGACUAUAUUCUCGGAAUGAAUCCAAUGGGUACGAGUUAUUUGGUCGGGUUUGGUCCCAAGUAUCCCCAACGGGUGCACCACAGGGCUGCAUCCAUUGUAUCAUACAAACACGAAAAGAACUUUAUCGGGUGCAUGCAGGGGUACUUCACUUACUUUGGUCGUCGGGAUCCGAACCCGAAUGUGGUUGUCGGGGCGGUUGUGGGCGGGCCGGAUAUGGACGACCAAUUUGAAGAUAGAAGGGGAAAUUACAUGCAAUCAGAGGCAUGCACUUACAAUACAGCAAGCCUUGUUGGACCAUUUGCCAGGCUCUAUUAUCUACAACAAGAACAUGAUAUCUCAACAAGUGAUUUACCUCUAAUUUCUACUGGGAGGUUGACAGUUAGUUAUAAAUAAGUAGUUCAUCACUUAACCACCCUCAUAGCCAUAGCAAUUUGGAACGUACCCGGUUCGAAUUGAAAAGAGAAACGUCUCUGGAGUGUUGAUAUAGGCCGGACUGCACGAACAACUUGGUGCAGAGGAUGCGAAUUACUUCCCGUUUUGUUGGGAGAGGAAAUAUGCAAUGGAAUCGAUUGGCGACCUCAUUAGUUGAGACUAUGGGCAAGGGCCGGCCAAUCCAAGAUUUGUAUAAACCGGACUUGAUUUG